UUCCGCGGCGAUGGUAUUUCCCGCGCAUCUUGGUCUGGGACGACCAUCUUCAUUGCAAUGGCGAACGACAGCAACCCUAUUCCUCUCCCAUACAGACUCUUCUUCCUCUACCUCGAGCCCAUAUCUGCACUCGUCGGUGCUUACUAUGCUGCUGGAAAACCGGCCGAGUACCUGGCAUAUCUGUCCUUCUCGUCGAUGCCCACAUCCGAGCUGCCUCCCACCUCGACACUCAUCUCGCUCUAUCAACUAUCAAACCUUUACCUCCUCUUCGCGCUGAACGAGCACCUCGUCCUCUCGUCCACCAAUUCGAUACGCAUCUGGCAGCGGCUCCUCUUCUGCCUGCUCAUGGCGGAUUUCGGGCAUCUGGCGACGAUGAUCCCGCUUGCGUUAGAGAAGGGUUUUGCGCGCGUGUUCCUUGAAUUUAUGCAGUGGAACGCUAUGGAGGCGGGGAGCGUGGGUUUUGUCUACGUGGGGGCGUUGAUGAGGAUCUCGUUCCUUGCAGGUGCAGGUCUCAAUCAGGAGCGAGGCAAGGCAAGGACGGAUAGAGCAGACUGAUGGUGGUGAGUCUGGCAAGAAAGAAGCACGGCUCGCCUCACGUAUCACGAGCAUCUAAGAGUUAUAGAAGACAGUGACUCGAUUCAUCUCGUCCCUGCCGCCCUCCACCAUCUUACCGUACCGUCUUCCCCUCCACUCACGAACGCACCAGCAGCGUUGGUGCC